ACGCCGCGCGAUGAGAAGGGCGAGGCGGUGACGGAUCGCAGCCUGCGGGAGAAGCUGAAGCUGCUGGCGCUGGAGCGGCGCAGCCUGGAGGAGGAGAAGGCCGACGUGGCGCGCCUGCGGGCGGAGAUCAGGCAGGAGUGGGACGACGUGGAGGUCGAGCGGCAGAAGGUGCGGCAGCUCAAGCGCGACGAGCUGGCCAAGCUGGCCGAGGAGCGGGCGCGGAGCGAGGCCGAGCUCAAGGAGCGCCAGCGGCUGCUCGAGGAGCGCGAGCGCAACCUGGAGCACGACCGCCGCGCGCUCGAGGACGAGAAGCUGCGCCUCGACAAGCGCAUCCACGAGGAGAACGACCGCGCCGAGAAGCGCCGUCUCAUGGAGGAGGAGUUCAAGAAAAUGGACGAAGAGCGCAAGAUGAUUGAGGAGAAGAAGCUGCAGAUUGCGGAGGACAAGAUGAAGAAGCGGCUGCAGGAGGAGUGGAAGCGGGUGGAGGCCAAGAAGCAGGAGCUGGAGGAGGCGCGCAAGCAGGAGGAAGAGCGCCGCCGCCGGGAGGAGGAGGAGCGCAUCGAGGAGGAG